CCACUGGGGGCGGGGUGUGACUGGUUACUUCGCCGGUUCCGGAGCAGGCGGCCUCCCCACCUUGGUCAUGUCUGCCGGUUGUGUUCACUUGUCCGGGGCUCUCUGCUCAGAGGUCCUGGCGUCGGUCGAUACCUUGUUGUUUGAUUGCGAUGGGGUGCUGUGGACAGGGGACAGCCCGAUCCCCGGGGCCGUGCAGUUAAUUAACCGGCUGCAGGAGCGGGGGAAGCGGGUCUUCUUCCUGACCAACAACAGCAGCAAGAGCAGGCAGAUGUACGGGGAGAAGCUGCACGGCCUGGGCUUCCAGGCUCGCCCUGAACAGGUCUUCGGCACCGCGCCCUGCGCCGCACUCUAUUUACGGCAGGAGGCCAAGCUCCGAGGCUCCGUCUACCUGAUCGGCGGCGCAGCCCUCCGCGGGGAGCUGGCGGCACAAGGCAUCGUCUGCUCGGGCUCUGGACCCGGUCCGGAGCUCACCCCUGGACCCGGGCCCACGCAGGCUUGGGCGGCCGAACCCCUUGAUCCGUCUGUGGGCGCCGUGCUGAUCGGCUUCGACGAGCACUUCACUUACAUGAAGCUGUGCCGGGCCGCCCGCUACCUGCGGGAUCCCUCCUGUAUCUUCCUGGCCACGAAUACCGACACCCUGCUCCCAACGGAGGGAGGUGGGAUCCCGGGCACAGGCUGCUUGGUGAAGGCAGUUGAAGCAGCGUCAAAUCGCACGGCUCAUGUCAUCGGCAAGCCCAAUGCUUUCAUGUUCGAUUGUAUGGUGAAAGAGCAUGGCAUUGAUCCAAGCAGGACAGUAAUGGUGGGAGACCGGCUGGACACUGACAUCCUUAUGGGGUCCAAUUGUGGCCUCCGCACCAUCCUAACUCUGACUGGCGUUUCCACCCUAGAAGAGGCAAUGGCCAAUCAGAAAAGUGACUCCCCUGAUGACCACAAGCUGGUUCCCAGCUAUUAUGUGGGCAGUGUAGCUGACCUGCUUCCAUCACUUGAUUGAUAAAAUCCUGCUGAUUUUAUGCAUGGGUUUUAAUAUAUUAUCAUCUGUACUGUACAAUCACUAUUAUGAAUACCUCAGUGCAAUGAUGAGUGUUAAAUGUUUUUGUAUAAAGUUUAUUUUAAAUAGCAGUCUGCAAUAAUCAUGUUGUUUCUUCUAAAUAAGGCUGAAACAAAAGAUGUAUUUCAGUGGCAAGCCAGAUGCACUUGUCUGUAAUAUGGCACAUUGGGGUGGUAGGGUGCAUCUUGUCUGUACAUAAUACUACCUUUUCUAGGAUGCAACUUUGGGUGUUAUGUAUCUGACAGGAUGUUUUUGGAUGCAUUUAAUCAAAAUAAAGUGUUACUGCUGUUCUGUUGUGAUGCUGUAGUACUGUUACUUUCAGGGAUUGAUUAUAUUUUAAAUGAAACAUUGGAUUUUAGAAGUGACAAAAUUGACCAUGGAUGUCUAUCAUGAUGUGCUAAUGUUACAUUAUCAAUGACACAUUGUUAUUGUUGUCCACAGCCAUAGACUGUUGCCUGUAUUAAAUACUGUCAACCUUGAAUAAUAUGUUUUAAGAAAACAAAGUAGCUCUAUUAAUUUCAGCUUAAAUGGUGUGAGUGCGUGCAUGACUUAAUCUUUGAUUUGGAUUGAUAUCUGAUUUGAUGUUGAAAGUUCAAUAUUAUUAAAUGGAAUUCUAUUA